CGAGUCUCUAAUUGUCAUUAAAAUAAUGAUUAGUAUUACAUUAUUUUAAUUUUAAAUUAAUAUAAUAUGAUGAUAAAGAUCAAAAUAUAGCAACAGGUUAUUAACAAAAAAUGGAUAUUCAAAAUAUUAAAGAAGAAAUUGAUAUCUAUAAUAUUAAGGAAGAAGUGGUUGACCACGAUGCCAUUCUACCGAAUAUUGAUAUAAAACAUGACUUAAUUGACGAAGUAUCUAUGCUAAAAACUCAAAAGAUAAAUGAACCAAUGGAUGGAAUUUAUUCAGUCAAAAAAGAAUUAAAUUAUGACUCAAAUACUGCUAAAAUAUUUGAUAAUCAUGUGGGUACAUCUAUUAAAGCAAAAAAAAACAUUCCUGAUACACCUAAGAUGAAACUUGGAUACGGAAAGCGAACUAAAUCAAAAGGACUAAUGAGAAAUGGGAUAAAUGUUCAACCAAAUCCUAUGGGGUUAGUGAUAUGUGUAUAUUGUGGUAAUUUAUUCACAAAACAAGUAGAAUUGUUACAUCACUUGGAGAUGAAUCAUUAUAUAAAAUACAACAAAUUCCAUAAGAUUCACCGCAAUAGUAAAAAUAAUACUUACCUUAUAGCAAAUCUUAAUAUAAAAGAUGAAAUUGAAAUAGUUGAUCAUGAAUUGAAAGUGGAGUUUCAAGAAACAACACAUCAGUUGGAUGUGACUGAUAAUUUAACUGGUUCAAAAUCGUUUGUAGAGGAGAAAAGUGAUACAAAUAAACAGUUGCAUAUUCACAUAGGAUCAGAGCCAUUUUAUUGUGUUAUUUGUUUGAGAACUUUUACACGUAGAAGUAGUUUAGGCAGACAUUUUCGUAUUCACGUCAAAGAAAAACGAUUCAAAUGUGAAUCUAAUGAAACUGUUCAUAAAAUGAAUUUGAAUAAGUAUUUGCCGGUGAGGGAAAAGCCAUUCCAAUGUGAAAUUUGUUUGAAACCAUUUUCCCGUAAAAAUAAUUUGAUUACACAUAUGCGUAACCAUACAGGAGAAAAGCCAUUCAAAUGUGACAUUUGUUUGAAAACUUUUUCACAAAUGAGUAGUUUGAAGACACAUUUGCGUGGUCAUACAGGAGAAAAGCCAUUCAAAUGUGACAUUUGUUUGAAAACUUUUUUACAGAAAAGUGACAUAGAGAGACAUUUGCGUAGUCAUACAGGAGAAAAGCCAUUCAAAUGUGAUGUUUGUUUGAAGCCAUUUUCUCGGAAAAUUAAUUUGAAGGCACAUUUGCAAAGUCAUACAGGAGAAAAGCCAUUCAAAUGUGAUAUUUGUUUAAAAUCAUUUUCACGGAAUAUUAAUUUGAAGACACAUUUGCGAAGUCAUACAGGAGAAAAGCCUUUCAAAUGUGACAUUUGUUUGAAAUCAUUUUCAAGAAAUAUUAAUUUGAAGACACAUUUGCGAAGUCAUACAGGAGAAAAGCCUUUCAAAUGUGACAUUUGUUUGAAAAAUUUUUCACAAAUAAGUGGUUUGAAAACACAUUUGCGUAGUCAUACAGGUGAAAAACCAUUCAAAUGUGAUAUGUGUUUGAAAACAUUUUCACAGUUAAGUGGUUUGAGAAUACAUUUGCAUAGUCAUACAGGAAAAAAGCCAUUCAAAUGUGACAUUUGUUUGAAAACUUUUUCACAGACAAGUGAUUUGAAAAAACAUUUGCGUAGUCAUACAGGAGAAAAGCCAUUCAAAUGUGACAUAUGUUCUAAAACUUUUUCACAGAUAAGUGGUUUGAAAACACAUUUGCAUAAUCAUAAAUGAAACUUGUAGUUUAUAAAAAGUUUAUAUGUUUAUAUUUUUUAAAAUGAAUUAUAUUUAGGGAUAUAUAUAUAUAUAUAUAUAUAUAUAUAUAUAUAUAUAUAUACGUUGGUGCGACAGUAUUUUAAACUUAUGUAAACUAUUAUCAAAAUUCCAAAAGUAUAUAAUAAAAAUGUAUGUACACACAACAUCCUUUGAAACGGUAGGUGUAUAUCUGACUUUUAAGUCAGUGGUUUUUGCCCCCGAGUCAAAAGACGUGAAAUAAGACACAGUUCGAACACGAAGUGUGACUACACUGCUUUGCUCGCUUCAGUUUACGUAGUUCUGUUCCUGUGCAUUAAUAUUAUCUACCAUCUUAUUUUUCAUCAUUUUUAUUAAUCUUUAAGAGCGAGAGUGCUCAUUGAAAUAGCUGCUCAUUAGUUUAGUGGACUUAUGAUUCGUUCAACUUCGGAACUUCAAUGAACAGCAUAUGAAUUAC